AUGGGUAUCAAGGGGCUCAAUGCACUAGUGAAAGAAAACGCUCCGGGCGCAAUCAUCGCCUCGGAGAUGAAGUCGUUGUUUGGCCGUAAAAUCGCAAUAGAUGCCUCCAUGUGUUUGUACCAGUUUAUGAUUGCUGUGCGUCAGCAGGACGGGAACAUGCUCACGAACGAGUCCGGCGAGACAACCUCCCAUCUAAUGGGCUUCUUCUACAGAACGAUCCGAAUGGUCGGCAGCGGCAUUAAGCCCUGCUACGUUUUCGAUGGGAGGCCGCCGGUCUUAAAAGGUGGGGAGUUGGAGAAGAGAUUGAAGAGAAGAGAGGAAGCAGAGAAAAAAGCCGAGGAAAUGAAAGAAACGGGGACGGUGGAAGAGUUACAGAAGUUUGAAAGAAGAACCGUGAGAGUGACGAGACAACAGAAUGAGGAAGCCAAAAAGCUACUCAAACUGAUGGGCAUACCAUUUGUUGAGGCUCCCUGUGAGGCGGAGGCCCAAUGUGCCGAGCUUUCCAGGACGGGGAAAGUGUAUGGUGCAGCAUCGGAAGAUAUGGACACCUUGUGCUACAGCCCGGCGCAUUUCUUAAGGAAUGUUACUGCGGCCGAGGCCAGAAAGUUGAAGAUUGAGGAAUUUGAUAUCAAGAAAGUUCUUGAAGGGUUUGACCUAGACAUACACAUGUUCAUUGACCUCUGUAUCUUACUUGGAUGUGACUAUUGCGAGACCAUCAAGGGAAUUGGUCCAGUGACGGCGUUGAAGCUUAUCAAAGAGCAUAAAAGCAUUGAAAACGUCAUCACGUCCAUUGAGGAGAAUCCAAAGUCGAAAUAUAAGGUUCCUGAGAAUUGGCCGUAUAAGGAAGCAAGGGAGCUCUUCCUACACCCAGAUGUGCUGAAGGGUGACGACGUUGAUCUGAAGUGGACAGAGCCAGAUGUUGACGGUCUAGUCGAAUUCAUGGUGAAGGAAAACGGAUUCAGCGAGCAAAGAAUAAAGGACGGCGCUGCUAAGCUAUCGAAGGCCUUGAAAAGUGGCACACAAGGAAGACUAGACGGGUUUUUCAAAGUAUCUACGAAAGUGGAAAAAGUUGUUGACAAGAAAAGAACAGCCAAGGCUGAUGGAAAGUCCGCUAAGAAGCAAAAGCAGAGGAAAUAA